AUGUUGACUGCCAUCACCUCUUCUGCUCGCUCCUCAAUGAUCUCAUCAAACUUACGUGCGGCUGUUUCUGCUACUGCUUUUGGCACCCGGAUCUCCUCUCGUUUUCUGGCCACUGCUGCCACUGAUUACGAUGUUGUUGUUGUUGGUGGUGGUCCCGGUGGUUAUGUUGCAGCAAUCAAGGCCUCCCAAAUGGGUCUCAAGACUGCAUGCAUUGAAGGUCGAGGCACUCUUGGUGGUACUUGCCUUAAUGUUGGCUGUAUCCCUUCCAAAUCCCUUCUUCACAACUCUCAUCUAUAUCACGUUGCUAGCCACGAAUUUAAAAAGCGUGGAAUUGAAGUCACUGGACUCUCUGUAAAUCUCGAUCAAAUGCUCAAGCAAAAGGAAAAGUCCGUCAGAGGUCUGACUGGAGGAAUCGAGAUGCUUUUCAAGAAAAACAAGACCGACUAUCUCAAAGGAUGGGGUACUCUCAAGAGCGCGACCGAGAUUGAAGUCACUGCUAAUGAUGGCACCAAAUCUACUGUCAAGGCCAAAAAUAUCAUUAUUGCUACUGGCUCUGAGCCAUCUGGAUUCCCUGGAAUCACUGCAAGUAUUGGAAUGGUUGAUGAGGAAGUCAUUGUUACCUCCACUGGUGCCUUGUCUCUUACCAAAAUUCCCGAAAAAAUGAUCGUCAUUGGCGGGGGCGUGAUUGGCCUUGAGCUUGGCUCUGUUUGGUCUCGCCUUGGUGCCGAGGUCAGCGUUGUCGAGUAUAUGGGUGCCAUUGGUGCUGGCAUGGAUGCAGAUCUUGCUAAAUCCUUCCAAAAAACUCUUCAAAAACAAGGCAUGAAAUUCAAGCUUGGAACAAAAGUUAUUUCUGCCACAAAGAAUGCCCAAGGAAAAGUGGAGGUUGUUGUUGAGCCCGCUGCAGGUGGUCCUCAGGAAACUCUUGUCGUUGAUGUUGUUCUACUUUCCAUUGGUCGUCGUCCCAACACUGAGAACCUUGGUCUCGAUAAAAUUGGUGUUCAAGUUGACAAUAAAGGCCGUGUUAUCACGGAUCACGAAUUCAAGACCAACGUUGCCGGUAUUCGUGCCAUUGGUGAUGUGAUCACCGGACCCAUGCUUGCCCAUAAGGCCGAGGAGGAAGGAAUUGCUGCUGUUGAGCAUAUCGCUUCUGGACACGGACAUGUCAACUACAGUGCCAUUCCAUCUGUGAUCUACACUCACCCCGAGGUUGCAUGGGUUGGCAAAACUGAGGCAGAAGCCAAGGCCAGCGGCAUCGAAUACAAGAUUGGCACUUUUCCUUUUGCUGCCAAUAGCCGUGCCAAGACUAUGGACGAUUAUGAAGGCAUGGUCAAGAUUAUCACCGAAGCCAAGACUGACCGUAUUAUCGGUGCCCACAUUAUUGGCCCUGGUGCAGGUGAGAUGAUUGCGGAGGCGGUUAUUGCGAUUGAAUAUGGUGCAUCGAGCGAGGAUAUUGCCCGUACCUGUCAUGCUCACCCCACUCUUUCUGAGGCAUUUAAAGAGGCUUGCAUGGCUACCUACGACAAGCCUAUCCACUUUUAAUUCAACUCGGAAUCGACUAAAAUUUAUGCCAAUGGCUGGAAUCUGUCCAACUAUUGAUUUCCAUUACUACAAAAGUCAGAUUUUAUCCAAUAAUUGGCAUACUUUACUUUUGGAUGCAUCCCAACCUCAAUAUUUUAUGCAUUCUGUUUCACAUGUUACACGAGUUCAGGUUCAAUACAU